CCGACAACCUCACAUUCCGGCCCAUAAACCAGUAAAAUUAUCAGAGGAGCCACCGACGAAGAAACACCAAAAGGCGAAAGGGGGAUAUGUCUACACUAUGGCGAUGGUUAGUGACGCAGACGAGAGAUUCGAAGCCAUUUUUCUUUGCUUUUGCGACUGUAUGCGCGGUUGUCCCCGGUGCCAUCGGUUAUUGUGUGAUGCAGUUCACCAAUUCAAGCAAUGAGCAGCUGGAGUCCCAACUCCGUCGCAACGCUCGCCCCGAUACCCUUAUGAUGGGAAAAGUGAAUAAAGAGAGGCUGGGAGAGUACCUUGGGGAACUGCAGAGGAAGGAAGAUACAAACGACAGGUACAUUGCCGCUUUGAAGGGGGAGACGUUAACCAGAAAUCCCUACAUGAGAAUUCAACCUGUCAUAAGUCCAAGCGGCUCUGAAGUUGACAAUGGAAGAUGAACGAAAUACCUGUUAAAGAUGAAUCCAUGUAUGGAUGAAUUUUCAAGAAGAUACCUCAGGACAAGAGUUUAUGUUUCAAACCGACUUGUGUUAUUUUUCCUUCUUAUUGCCUUUUCUAUGAAAGGCGGAUUGCCCUCUAAUCUGGUAGUUAUUAUAUGGGAUUACUAUAUAAGUAACAAAAGGUUUUAUUUUCUAUGCACUCCUUCGUGAUGACGUGGGAAUUUAAUGUCUUUAGAA